AUGGUCUUCCCAGGUAUGAAGGCGACGUACACGGAGGAUCCGAACCGACCUGGUGAGAGGCGCCUUCCGGGCUUCUCGUGGCUUCCAAACAGGGUCCGCCAUCUGUUCAUCUCGAUGCUGGGCGAGUUUGUCGGCACUGCGCUUUUCCUCACCUUCGGUUUUGCUGCCACUCAGGUCGCGAACACGCCCCCCAAUGGCACCGUCGACAGCCCUGCAAGCACGUCCACGCUUCUAUACAUCUCUUUGGCUUUCGGCUUCUCGCUGCUUGUCAAUGUCUGGAUCUUCUUUCGCAUCAGCGGAGGGCUCUUCAAUCCAGCUGUUUCGGUAGCUCUAGCUCUAGUCGGUGCGAUCGGCUGGGCAAAGGCGUUUCUGCUCAUCCUCGCUCAGAUGGCGGGAGCUAUUGCCGCAGCCGCUGUAGUAUCUGGCCUACUUCCGGGUCCCUUGGCAGUGCGGACCACGUUGAGCGAAGGAGUCUCGGUCACACGAGGUGUUUUUAUUGAAGCGAUCUGCACUGCUGAGCUCAUUUUUUCCAUCUUCAUGCUGGCUGCAGAGAAACACCGAGCAACAUUCCUUGCCCCUAUCGGAAUCGGUCUUGCCCUUUUUACCGCUGAGUUGGCUGCUCUCUUCUUCACGGGGGGUUCCUUGAACCCAGCUCGAUCUUUCGGUCCCGACGUUGUUCUCGGAACAUUCGACGGAUAUCACUGGAUCUACUGGAUUGGACCCUUUCUUGGGGCUGUCAUUGCUGUGCUCUUCUACCGAUUGAUCAAGCUUCUAGAGUAUGAGACAGCCAAUCCUGGUGCCGAUGACGAUGGGCGCGAGAUUCGUUACGAUGACCAAUAUGCUGAGGAAGAGGCCGGGACUUCCAGACGAGCAGGUAAGGCCUUAGUGCGUGCGACAACUGAUGGCACAAAUGAGUCUGACUUCCUCCAUCCAUUCCAUCCCCUGAACAAGCCAGUCUCCGAGCUGCAAAAACCAGUUCUGACCGAGUCAAGUGCCAUUCCACUUUCAAACCUGCCCAGCAAGCCUUCUGCGACUUUCCAGCAUGGCGGUGAUGGCCAGUAUUCUAUCGAUCAUCCCAACGAACGACCCCGCGCCCAGCACCUUCCCAGAUCUUAUUCGACGCGCGCGCGCUCGCUCUCACAGCCCUACUCCGAGUCCCAUUAUGACGAAACAUCCGAACAGAGCUAUCGCAACGGUCCAAGCAUUGAGUCAGGAGACUCGGGUAGC